AUGGCACAAGGUAACAUCAAGUUAAAGGCCAAGACAGCACCAAGAGUGACUAAGAAGCAAAAGAAUCCAAAGAAUUAUGCCCCCAAGAUCAUCAAGCCAAAGAAAGGAAAAGCAGUUCAAGCCCAAAAAUUAGCCAAGGUCCAACAGGGACAAUUAAUGACAUCUACCGAAAAGUUGAUUGCUAGUAGAGUUGGACAUUUGGAAGUCAUCAAAGGAUCCAGAAGACAGAUUGAAAAGGAAGAAAAAGAAAAAGCCAAAAAACAAAAUAACUUCCCCAAGAAACCACAAGGUUUUUACAAUCAAAAAGAUAUGCAAAUAGCAAAUAUGGCUAAUAAGGUAAUAGGGAAUGAAACCCCUAUAAGAUCUGUACAAGUGGUACCACCACUUAAUGCAUUAGAUCCUGAUUUGAUACAUGAAAAUCGUAAACGAACUAGAAGACGAUAA